AUGCAACAGCCACUAACCGCCUGUAGAGCGAUCGACCUGAACCAUACCUUGGUCAACCUCUUCACAGAAUUCAGCGAAGAGCUGAGUGAAGAUAACAAGAAGAGGGUUCAAGAUGUGAUCGACGCAGUAGAAUCCGAUAUAUUAUCUCCGCAGGCGGCGCCAUCCGUUGGGUCACUCGGCAAACGAGCACGAAAAUCUUCAGUUGAGGAAAGCCCGGAUCAGAACAGCCCUAGAAAAAGGUACGGCGAAGCGCAUGUUACCGCGUCGGUAGGAUCAAACGAGGAUCUCGACUUCCUAGAUGAAGACUUGUUGCGGACUCGCGAGUCAAGGGAAACAGGAUAUGUUGGUCAGAACUCGGAAGUGCAGUGGCUUCGCUCUGUCCAGCGUCAAUCACAAAGGAACGAGGGUGAGCCUCAUGGUCUUCCGUACGGGCCACCGGGCACUAGCGCACAUGCCAUCGAUGAACGGUCCAAAGCACUUCAUCAGCGUAGACAGGAAGGAGAUUCUGCACCAAUUCGGCACGUCACAGAUGCGACAUUCUAUCUCGACAGCGACAACAUCGAGCUGGACAUUAUCAUCAACCCGUACGAGCUUCCCGAACCCGAAAUCGCCGAGCAGCUCCUGCACUGCUAUAUGAGCACGGUGCAUAGCUCGUUUCCCAUAGUGCCUUCAAGCUUUGUGGAUCAAAUACGCAGGUUCAUAGUCUCAUUGCAACAGAACAGAGCUUUCAAGGUCCCAGAUAGGUGGCGAGCUCUGAUGAACCUCAUCUUCGCAAUUGGCGCCAAGUAUUCCCAUAUGAUUGGUACUGAGUGGCAAGGAGACGAACGCGACCACCUGGUAUACAUGACUCGAGCUUCCCACCUUCUUGGUAUGAACAGCGCUGUCAUGUUCAUCUCUGCGCCCGAUCUGUCGCUGGUACAAGCUACCGCUGUCUUCUCCUUCUACUUCCUGACUAUUGGUCAUGUGAGCCGUGCAUGGCUCAUGGUCGGUGUAUCAAUCAGGCUCGCCCUAGCACUCGGCUUGCACCUACGAAACGAAGAUCCCAGGGCAGACACAACUAAGAAAGAGAUGUUGUUGCGGACAUGGUGGAGUUUGCAUUCGAUAGAAUGUUUAUUGAGCUCCAUCACCGGCCGACCGCCUAUCAUAUCGAGUGAGGAUUAUACAGUACCUUUACCGGGAGGGAUCUCUACAAAGCAACGGCCUGCUAGCAAACGACAACCAUCCAGUCUUGUCAGCCAGAAGAUCCAAGAAGAAAGCUCAAGCGCAAGUAGCUCUAACGAUGCGGAUGACUACCUUAUCAGCACCAUCGAUAUUUCUCUCCUCACGCAAAGAGUCUUGGCUAGCCUGUAUGCACCUCGAACUGCUGUUAGGUCUUGGCAGGAUGUUCAGGGUAAGAUCAAAGACCUACUUCAGGGGCUCGAGGAUUGGUCCAUGCGCGCAUUGAGCGGGACUGUAUCUCCCGGCGAUUUACGACAGAGCGAAGUUGAGCGUGAGCAUCUGCUUCUCCUGGUGCAGUAUUGGAGCACCAAGAUUCUCAUCACUCGACCAUGUUUGUGCCGAACAGAACGUCGCAUCAAGGACGAGAGUGAUGCUUCUGCCAUCUUCAAUUCCGAGAUGGCCAGUAUUUGCGUCAAUUCGGCUCGUGCAUUGACAGCACUGUUUCCCCACGAACCUGAUAUCCAUUUUGUCUGCAUGAAGGCGCCGUGGUGGAACGUGAUCCACAUUAUCAUGCAAUGUGCUGCCGUUCUACUCCUCGAAGUGGGAUACCAAAACCGGCACACGAAGGACAACAAUGCUGAGAUCACUUCCGACAUCCAGAAGCUGAUGAAGUGGCUGCACGCAAUGCAACCGAAUGACCCCUGUGCAGAUCGAGCUUACCAUGUGGUGCGACGAACCCUGCAGAACGUCGCGCCAGCUCUUCAGUCCAAGGCCACUGAACUACUCACAGAAGGGGAAGGAAGCGAGGCUGCGGACGGACAAUCAUUCAGGCCUUUCGUCUCACCGUACAGACAGCAACAAGCCAAUACAAACUGGGCUCAGGGUGACUUUUCCGAUGGCUCAGCAUCAGUAACUGGUCACCAGUACUAUUCGCAAGCCUCAAAUCAGGACUAUCAGGACACAACGCAAUCGCCGCGACAUCACUCGAUGUAUGGAAGCCUCCCCUUCGAAGAUAUACAUAUGUUGAAUACAUCCGGCAAUCCGUCCAUCAACAAUUGGGAUGAGGGUGUGCCGUGGGCCGGUAUGCAGAAUCUAUGGUACAACCCUAGUUUCUCCUCUGCCAAUAUGCCGGAAGAUGUAGGGGACAUGGAUCUUCUCUCGACAUCGUACACGGAGCAAGAACACCAUCAACAACAAUCAUAUGAUGCCGCGGGGAUGGACAUGCCACACGGGCAGCAGCAACGGAAGGAGUAG